AUGUUUCCAUCAAGCCAUCGAAUAACAGGGCGCCCGCGAAAAAUCUUGAUUCGAAUCGAUUACGAGAUCGACGAAGGCACUCCCGCAACAGCCACGGCAAUCAUUUCGAUAAGCCCCUACAAGACGCUCGAAGAAAUGAUAGAUGAGGUCGAGGAUAUUAUCAACAAGAAUCGCUUUUGGGUUCAGUGCGUGGGGAGAGAUCCAUCUUGGGCGCCGGGUCAAGAGGCGGAUCGGAAGGGGAAGGGGAAGGCGAGAGAGGGAGAUGAGAAAGAGGUGGUGUUGAAGGGGUAUUGGGAAUUCUCUCCAGUGUUGGCGAUGUGUUGCGAAGAUGGGGCUUCUAAUCAGGUACAAGUCAAGCUGAAAAGUGAUGAAGAUGUUUCUGCUGCUUAUGGGUUGUUGGAGUCGAUGAAGUGGAAUGGUUAUUUCGUCUUGACUACUGCCCGGAGGCCGGAAAGAUCCUCGUCGGAUAGUCCAGAACAUCUGGAGGUGUACGAUGAUGCGCCUGAAAAUCCUCAAGAUUGA